AUGCUCCUCUCCUUCUUUCUGACCACACUGUCUCUUUUCGCAACUCACGUUUGUGCGGUUCCUUCGACACCGAGCACCUUCCCCCAUGCGUAUCCUGGAAUACCGACCACCGACUUUGGAGUGAACUGGCAGCGAUACUUCGAAGUUACAUCUCCUCUCCCAAAUAUUACGAAGCCACUUACGCGCAGUUUUGCGGGAAACGUGGGGGUGAAUCGUGCGGGCCAUCCGAACGCAACUCUUUUCUUCUGGGCGUUCGAGAAGACCAACGGGUCGCUCACUUCGGGCAGCACAGACCCAUGGAUCAUCUGGUUGAACGGCGGUCCUGGGGCGUCAAGCAUGCUGGGGCUGAUGACCGAGAAUGGUCCCAUCCAAGUUACCGGAGCCUAUGGCAUCGUGGCGAAUAAUUUCAGCCUCACAAAGCUCGCGGACACCUUCUGGAUAGACCAGCCUGUUGGAACUGGGUACUCGACAUCGGACGCCACCGGUUACAUCCCGGACGAAGACCAGAUGGGUGAAGACUUUGUUGGCUUCCUCACCAACCUUGUCAAGAUAUUCCCUGGGUUGGCCAGUCGACCACUCUAUCUCAUGGGCGAAUCGUAUGCUGGGACCUACAUCCCGUAUAUCACUAAAACGAUCUUCUCCUCAUCCAAGCCUCCGGUUACGCUCAAGAAGAUCGUUGUAGGGGACGGCACGUUGGGGUCCGCCGCGGUCUUCGAGGAGCUGCCAACGCUGACCACUCUCGAAACAUACCCUCAAUUGAUCAACUACGACCCCGCCGUUUUUGAAUACUUCAAAACACAGCAGGACCUGUGUGGAUAUAACCUUACUUUGACCUAUCCUCAGAGUGGCCACUUUCCGACUCUCCUGGACCCGUUCACACAUGCCUCGACAAACGGCGCUGGAUCUGCCUUCCUCGCAGCCAAAAUCAACUCAGCCGCGAGGAAUAAACUGAGGAGCAGUAAUGCGCGGUACAAAUCAAUAUCUGCUGCUUUUACGUCUGGAACAGUUGGCAAGUCCAAAUCAUUACCUCUCGACAAACGCACUCGUGGCCAGUUGACCCAGUGGAAACGUUCGCUUGCAGGGCGGCCUAAUGGCACCCUGGAUCCGUACUAUGGCUGCUUCCUUUUCGACGAGAUGUGGGACUAUGCGGUCAAUUUCACUUUUCCGUGGGCCACGAAGCAGGGAGCCAAUGUUGAUGUGUACAACAUCCCGGACGCGUUAUCUCCUGAAGUCCCAUCUGACCCAACGAUCUUCAUGAAUGAUGCGACCACAAGAGCUGCGCUACAUGCUCCGACAUCCAAAGAUUGGGCAGAGGUGUUCGACUAUCCUUUCCUAUCCAAUACAGCUACUGGAGCCAUUAAUGUGUUUGGGGAUCCCAGCCCAGAGCCGAUGACUUUUCUCUCACAACUGGCUGCCAACGCGUCCGCUAAAGGCGUCGGUAUCGUUUUCUAUUCAGGGAAUGACGACUCGUUGGUUGCUCAUCGUGGAACCGAAGUUGUCAUCCAGAACAUGACCUUCGGUGGUAUCCAAGGCUUCACCCGCAAACCUUCAACCGCCUUCACCGAUGACCAGGGCAACUUUGCGGGGAUUAUCCACCAAGAGCGGGGUCUGACCUACGCGCUAUUCCAGAAUGCGGGACAUCUUGUGCCGCAAUCCGUUCCAGCAGCGGCAUUCACCUUUGUCCGCGAUUUCGUGCUUGGGUCCUCUACAACGGGCCUGGUAGACAGCAACGCCGGCAAGGUGACGGGUGGCGAAGAUCCCAAACUGCGGCAGGACGUCCUUCCCGGAAACCCCUUCAUUUUCAUGGGUGCGGGGAAGACGGCAGCGAGCACGGUGUGGCCAAGCGCAACGGUAGCCAAAUGGGCCGCCUUUCUCGAGACGGCAACGGCGACUGCUGGCGGUAGCGCACCGCAGGGGACGGGCCAAUCGAUCGGGAAUGGUUUACCGAGUGCGGGUUCCAAACUUGCUAUGAGUCCAUGGUGUGGCUUUUUGUUGGCGAUCUUUGCUUUGGUGCUGUGA